AUGGGGUCCCCCCUUUGCUUUUUCAAAAAUGAGAUUUCAAACUCGAUUUUCUCGAAUAUGCUUUCGAAUGAUAUAGGUCUCAUAACGAAGUCCCAUACCCACAAACAACCUUCCCUAAAUUCCAAUUUUUCAAUUUCCUACUUUUUGGAAAGGUCAAAUCUGUCAUUUGCCACCAAUAAAGUAGGAUUACAAUGUAAAAAAGAUUUGCGGGAAAUUUCUAACCACCCUCUUCUUCUUCCAUACUCUCUCGUUCUCUUUUGUUUUUCGAAAAUUUUCCAUUUGAUUGAUUGA